CCCAUAUUAAUAUGUGUACGGUAAGUUUUUAAGGUACAGUCUUUCUCACAUCUCUUACUUGCUCUCGUCCCUUUCUCCGUUCAAGAUACUUUUUUCGCCUUGAAUUCACUCUUUAGAUUAAUGCAUUUGGGAUUUUAUAACUGCAUGAAUAUCGAGUCUCUUAUCUAGGCAAUCGAUUUUAACAGCAUUGCUAUUCUAUCCUCACUUGAAAGUUGGACUGUUUCUUGAAGACAGCAUCCAAAGGUUAAUUGACUACCAGAUACCGUAGUCUUACGGAGCUCUAUCAGUCUUCGUCUGACAGCUGAAAUACUUUCACGACAUUGUUAUCAGAAUGCCAAUUCCAUUGGCUUUAGCAGCUCCAGCAGCUUUGGCUGGUUUGGCAUACGCCAAUGCGAAACUUUCUUUGAGCUACGAUUAUCAAUUGUUGGGUGCUGCAUUAACAGCAUAUUCCUUUACCAGUAAAAGAGAAAAAGAUGAUCGUCUUAACACGUUUUAUGUACUCGAGGAGCAUGCGAAAGGAAAAUUCGCAAACGACACAUUUAUCAUAUUCGAAGGCAAGAAAUGGACAUUCAAGGAAACGUACGAUAUAGUCUUGAAAUAUGGAACAUGGCUGAAGAAUACCCAUAAUGUUAAGCCGGAGGAAAUCGUUGCUAUGGAUUUCACCAAUUCAGAUAAUUACUUCUUUCUGUGGUUUGGGUUAUGGAGUAUAGGUGCCAAACCGGCCUUCAUUAACUACAAUUUGACGGGCAAGGCAUUGUCCCAUUGUGUCAAAGUCUCCACUGCAAGGUUAUGUAUCGUGGAUCCAAUGGUCGAAGAGAAACUGACGCAGGGAGUUCGGGAUGAGCUUCCGGAUAUCUCUUUUCAAAUUCUCACUCCUGAUGUAGAGGCUACGAUCAUUUCCACUGAAGGUGUUCGAGAGCCGGAUUCUACCAGAUCCAAGCAAACAAAGUCAAUGAUCGGAAUGUUGAUAUACACUAGUGGUACUACAGGCUUACCAAAACCAGCAGUCCUGGCUUGGGGUAAGGCAAACUUUGGAUCGACUAUCAUGCCAAAAUGGAGCGGAUACAAACGACCCGAUGUCUUAUAUACUUGUAUGCCUAUGUACCAUUCUGCUGCUAGUGUUCUUGCUGUCUUAGCAGCUUUGAACAUGGGCGCAACAAUAUGUAUCGGCAGAAAAUUUUCCACAAAAACAUUUUGGAAGGAAGUUCGAGAAUCAAACGCGAAUGUUAUUCAAUAUGUCGGGGAAGUCUGUCGCUACCUCUUAUCCGCACCUCCUCAAUACGAUCCCGUGACAGGCGAAAAUCUAGACAAGAAAAAUAACGUCAGAAUGGCGUUUGGCAAUGGCCUAAGACCUGAUGUAUGGAACAAAUUCAAGGAACGAUUCGAUAUCAAGACUAUCGCCGAAUUUUACUCCGCUACUGAAGGUGCAGGAGCUGGCUGGAACUAUUCUAAUAACGAAUUUAGCAGGGGUGCAGUAGGUCGUAACGGAUUUAUUUACUGGCUCGUAUUGAGGAAAGGGUGGGCUGUGGUCGAGUUGGACGUUGAAACGGAACAACCCUAUCGAUCGAAAGGUACCGGAUUUUGCACCAAAGUACCUUAUGGAACUCCAGGAGAAAUGCUGUAUAAGCUUGAUCCCGCCGAUAUAAGUGCAGGCUAUCAAGGGUAUUUCAACAAUGAAAGCGCCUCCGAUAGUAAAGUAUUACGAAACGUUUUCGAAAAGGGUGAUGCAUGGUUUCGAACAGGCGAUAUUAUGACAUGGGAAAAUGGUGAAAAUGUCUUCUUCAAUGAUCGAAUCGGUGAUACAUUCCGCUGGAAAUCGGAAAAUGUAUCAACAAACGAAGUCGCAGAAGCGUUAUCCACUCAUCCGGCUAUUCAGGAGGCAAAUGUCUAUGGAGUUUCCCUGCCCCAUCAUGAUGGACGAGUAGGUUGUGCAGCUGUUAUUCUAAAAGAUCACAAUCCAAACAUUAUGAAAGAUUUGGCGAUCCAUGCGAAAAAGUCACUGCCAAGUUAUGCGGUACCAGUGUUUUUGAGAGUUAAGAAAGAGGGAGAGGAAAUGGAGAUUACCGGGACGGUAAAGAUGGUUAAACAUGUGAUUCGGAAGCAGGGGGUGGAUCCGAAGGCGAUCGAAGAGAGUGGGGAUCAGAUGUGGUGGUUGAGAGGGGAUGAAUAUGUAAAGUUUGGAGAAAAGGAGUGGAAUGAAUUAAAUGGGGGCAAGGUUAAACUUUAGGAGAGCGUGUUUUGAGCUUUGAAUUUUGAAUCUAUGAAUUCGGAUAGGCGUUUGAGCGAUGGGAUGGAAUUGGAUCAAUGGGAAUGUGUUUGGUGUUUGGUACUGGAAAGAUACUGGUUGACUGGUUGUUUUUAUUGCACUAUUUGAAUCAGAAGAGAGAAAUAGAUUUACGAAAAUUUGUUUUUAUC